UGUGUGCGUCUGUGUGUGUUACUUCAUGCAACCACUAGAGGGGAACCACAUACUAAAGGGAGAUGGCGAUAAGGCACAUCCAUGCAAGUACUAGAGAGGCAGCUCGAUGGGACCAGAGGAUCACACUGCAGGAGCGUGAACAUAUGAUCAACUGGACUUCUUCUGGAAUAGCUUCACCCAAAACACCCUGGGGUCUGAACAUCUUUCUCCACAGAAAGAAUUAAAUUUCAAACAAGAAGGACUUCAAUAAUUCUGCCAAGGAUGAACUGUAGGGUUCUGUUGGUAGUGGUCUUCUGCUUAACAGCCACAGGCUCACACACAAACCAACCACAAGGCUCCAUUCCUUCACGCUACAAGACUCAUGGCAACACAUCCAGCCGCCAGGCUCUUCACAACAAACAGGCCCUUCUGGCCUCUAGUCAGGAGGCACUAAUGGUGACUGAGCGCAAGUACUUGAGAAAUGACUGGUGUAAGACUCAGUCCCUACGGCAGAUUGUGAGCGAGGAGGGCUGUUUGAGCCGCACUGUGAUCAAUCGUUUUUGCUACGGCCAAUGCAACUCUUUUUACAUCCCGCAUAUGAAGGACCAGGAAUCUUUCCAGAGCUGUGCUUUUUGCCAGCCACAGAAGUUCACCAUGCUCACAGUUGAAUUGGACUGCCCUGAACUGCAGCCAACCUUCCGUCAUCGGAGGAUUCAGCGGGUCAAACAGUGCAGAUGUAUCUCCAACAGCCCAGCCAAGUCCAGUGAGUGGUGAAGAGCAUUUAUUAUGAUACCCAAAAGACAGUGAUGAACUAAAUCUCUGAUUAGCCAAUGUAGGCUACAACAUCAAAGGGAAAACCUCCAUUAUGUCAGCAUUUUGAACUGAAAAGAAUAAAAAAAAUAUUAACACACAAA